AUGGCAAGGCGGAAUACGACCAGACGAUAUAAGGGAGAAAGGAGAGAUAAAGAGGGAAAACAUGAGGAAAAGAGGAAAAGAAAAGAAAAGAAGACAGCGGCUCUCUCACCGCAUCUAGAAGCCCGAGAUCUUAGGGCUCAGGGCCAUCCAAACCAGUGA